CGCCGCUGGCGUAGUUCGCGAGUCAGCUGACAGCGUUAUUUAGUUCCACGGUUUCGUUAUCGAAUGAGGCGCAACAGCAGCACAUAAUUGUCAUCACGUGAGAGGUCACAAUGUUUUCUGCUGAUUUUCUCGUCGGGGAGCAGUUUCGUCCAGCCAGCGAGAUUUUUUAAAAAUCCUCCGCGGCCAGCAUCGAGAUCCUGGCGAUUCGAUCCGCUUCUUUUCACGAUCGACGACGUCAACCAAGGACUCUCCAACUUCCAUUUUCGUAGUAAAAAGUUAUUUACAAAGGAGAUAAAAUGACAGAAUACUGGUUGAUAUCAGCACCAGGAGACAAAACCUGUCAGCAAACAUGGGAAACUAUGAACAACCUGACAUCCAAGCAACAUUCUUUAUCAGUAAAUUAUAAAUUUCACAUUCCGGAUCUAAAAGUUGGAACAUUGGAUCAAUUGGUCGGGUUGUCGGAUGACCUUGGCAAACUUGAUGCAUAUGUGGAGCAAGUAACACGUAAAGUGGCAACUUAUCUAGGGGAGGUUUUGGAAGAUCAGAGGGAUAAGUUGCAUGAAAACUUGUUGGCUAAUAACAGUGAUCUACCAUCAUAUAUAACUCGAUUCCAGUGGGAUAUGGCUAAAUAUCCCAUCAAACAAUCUUUGAGAAACAUAGCGGAUAUUAUUAGUAAACAAGUGGGACAGAUUGAUGCUGAUCUGAAAACUAAGUCUACAAUAUACAAUAAUUUGAAAGGCAGCUUACAAAAUCUUGAAAAAAAACAGACGGGAAGCUUAUUAACACGUAAUUUAGCAGAUUUAGUGAAAAAGGAACAUUUUAUCUUGGACAGCGAAUAUUUAACUACUUUGCUUGUGAUUGUACCAAGAUCCAAUUUCCAGGAUUGGUACGGUUGUUAUGAAAAACUGACAGAUAUGAUUGUACCACGUAGUACCCAACUUAUUACUCAAGACUCAGAAUAUGGAUUAUUUACAAUCACUUUAUUUAAGAAAGUAAUUGACGAAUUUAAGUUGCAUGCUCGUGAGAAGAAGUUUAUUGUACGAGAUUUUAUAUACAAUGAAGAAGAACUAGCAGCAGGAAAGAAUGAAAUUACAAAGCUGGUUACUGAUAAAAAGAAACAAUUCGGACCACUCGUUCGCUGGCUAAAAGUGAAUUUCAGUGAAUGUUUCUGUGCUUGGAUCCAUGUCAAAGCUUUACGUGUAUUUGUUGAAUCUGUUCUUAGAUAUGGCUUACCUGUCAAUUUCCAAGCAAUAUUAUUGCAUCCACAUAAGAAAUGCGCAAGGAGAUUACGUGAUGUCUUGAAUCAGCUUUAUGCUCACUUAGAUUCAUCUGCUACAUCUUCAACAGUGCAUAAUCAAGAUAAUGUGGAUAUACCAGGAUUAGGUUUUGGCCAAAGCGAUUAUUUCCCGUAUGUUUAUUAUAAGAUCAAUGUGGAUAUGGUUGAUAGCAAGGUCUAAUUACUAGAAUUUACUUUCCUUCUUCCGCAUAUAUUUCCUUUUACUUGCGAAGACACGUCUAUUACAUCAAUCUAUGGCGGUGAGGUCAAAUUUCUCGUCCGUAUUAAUAAAUAAAAAGAUAUAAUGCAUUUUCAAAAA